AUGAGCGAUAAAAGUGAAGAUAUUUCCAAUAAUUCGCUAGAAAGAGAUAACGAUACAUAUAUGGAUGAAAGACCAACAGAUCAACGUCGCCAAUUGAUGAACAUGGAUGACGGUUCAUCUGCUACUCCCAACUUUGAUGAAAAUGACCAAGAAGGUAUAGAACGUGGCGAAAAGAUCUCAAACCACAGAGAGGAACAGCCACAGUCAGAACUAGUUCACGACAAAAAGAAUCAGCAACUGGCCACACCACCACCACCACAAUACGUAUCAUUCUUUAGUCGGGAAUACAAGUCACAUAGAAUGCAAAUACACAAAAGAUUUGUUUUAAUUAAUAUGCUAAUGGCCACAUUGAUUUUAACUGCCCUUUCAAUAUAUUGGGGUUCAUAUUAUGAAAUUCUGGAUAAUUUAAAGGAAUUGAAGAUGUUGGUAGUUAUCGGUGACGAAAACACCAUUGAGGGAGUCCCACCAGUAUUUGGAGACUCUAUGGAGGAAAUUUUACAGCGACCACAAGCAAAAGCAAUUGGAAACUGGUAUAUAUACAAAGAAAGCGAGUUUGAAACACACGCACAAGAUAAUAAUAAUACCAUCAGAGGAGAAAUUUUGAGACAAGUGCAUCAUCAAUUGUACUGGUCAGCAAUAUAUGUCAAGCCUAAUGCUAGCUACAAUUAUUACCAAGCAUUGGUGAAUGGAGACACACGAUAUAAUGUAUCAGACAACACAAUUACGGCUUACUAUGAAACGGCUCGCGACUUUCUCGUUGUGCCGCUGUAUGUGACACCCCAAUUGGAAAAGACGGAGACUUUUUGGUUGGAUCAACAAUCUAGCAUGAUUUCACAACUUGUUGAAAACUCAACUAUUGAAUCAGCAUCACAAAAACAAGUAUUGGCCCAACCAGUGCAGUUUACCGUGGUGGAUAGGCUCCCAGUGACAAAUCAUGUUUUGAAUGCGCCAAUGCAGUUGGGAUUCAUUUAUUUGAUUAUUGUUUCGUUUUUCCAAGUCAGUUUUUUCAGCGAACCACAUCAGAAAGUGGCAAAGACGCCAGUGAAAAGAAUUCAUUACUUGCUUUACCGUUACAUUGGCNUUGAAAACUCAACUAUUGAAUCAGCAUCACAAAAACAAGUAUUGGCCCAACCAGUGCAGUUUACCGUGGUGGAUAGGCUCCCAGUGACAAAUCAUGUUUUGAAUGCNCAAUUGUACUGGUCAGCAAUAUAUGUCAAGCCUAAUGCUAGCUACAAUUAUUACCAAGCAUUGGUUAAUGGAAACUCAAAGUACAAUGCAUCUGACAACACAGUUGCUGCUUAUUAUGAAACCGGUCGUGAUUUUCUUGCCAUGCGACUGUAUGUAACCCCCCAAUUGCAAAAACUUGAAUCAUAUUGGUUUAAUGAGCAACCGAAACUACUUUCGCAGAUAGCCGAGAAUGUCACAAUUGAAUCGGCAUCACAGAAACAGGUCUUUUCUCAACCAAUCCAUUUCACCAAGGUUGACAGAAUACCAUUCACUGAUAAUGUCUUGAGUGCACCUUUGCAAGUUGGUUUCAUUUAUAUGAUUAUUGUCUCGUUUUUCCAAUUUAACUUCUUUUCCGAACCCCAUCAAAAAGUGGCAAAAACGCCGGUGAAAAGAAUUCAUUAUGUGGCCUAUCGUUAUAUAUCAUCCAUUUUUUCAUUUUUUUUCCUUUCAUUGAUCUUUGGAUUAGUUACAUUAGCUUUCCAGGUUAAUUUCGAUGCAACUUAUGGGAAAUCAGGGUUUUUGGUCUACUGGAGUAUUUCCUUUUUAACUAUGUGUGCUGUUGGAUUAGCCACUGAAAUAAUGGCCAUGUUGAUUAUACCAAUUUAUCCCCCUCUACUUGGAUUUUGGUUAAUAUUUUGGGUUAUUGUCAAUAUUGCCCCUACAUAUACGGUAAUGGCGUUGACCAAUAACUUUUUCCGUUAUGGAUACGCUAUGCCGAUACACAAUAGUUAUGAAGCCACCAAGACGGUNGCGCCAAUGCAGUUGGGAUUCAUUUAUUUGAUUAUUGUUUCGUUUUUCCAAGUCAGUUUUUUCAGUGAACCACAUCAGAAAGUGGCAAAGACGCCAGUGAAAAGACCCCAUUACUUGCUUUACCGGUACAUUUCAUCGAUUCUAUCAUUUUUCUUCCUUUCAUUAGUUUUUGGAUUGACGUCCUUGGCUUUUCAAGUUAGUUUUACCACAACCUAUGGGAAAUCAGGAUUUUUGGUUUAUUGGAGUAUAACAUUCAUUACAAUGUGUGCAGUGGGGUUAGCCAAUGAGAUCAUGGCCAUGUUGAUUAUACCAAUUUAUCCCCCUCUACUAGGAUUUUGGUUAAUAUUUUGGGUUAUUGUCAAUAUUGCACCAACGUAUAAUGCCAUUGCGCUUACCAAUAAUUUCUUCCGUUAUGGAUAUGCUAUUCCUAUACACAAUGGAUACGAAGCUACAAAGACGGUAUUUUUUGAUGUUUAUAAGGGACAAUUGGGUCGUAAUUUUGGUAUAUUGGUAGCAUGGGUUGUAGUCUUGACUGUGGCAUUUCCGUUUGUCUUGAGGCGCUUUGCACAGUCAAUGGGUAAGAAGGCCGCUGCAUUGGCUGCAAAAGCACAAGGGGAGAAAGGCUUGUAUGUAGCAAUUGUAAAAUANGUGUUUUUCGACGUUUAUAAGGGACAAUUGGGUCGUAAUUUUGGUAUAUUGGUAGCAUGGGUUGUGGUAUUGAGUGUCAUUUUCCCCUUUGCAGUAAUGCAUUUCUCUAAAGCAAUGGGUAAAAAGGCUAUUGCUGCUGCAAAGGCACAACAAGAAGCAACCAAACGUACAGAAGAAGAACAGAACAGUAAAGGUGACGUUUAA